AUGAACUCACCGGCAUUAUCAACUACGAGUGUAUCAGCAUCCACAGCCACGACCACACCGCAUCCCAGAUUGAGGAUCCCCUCCGUAUCUAGUGUUUCGCCUGGUGCAGGAAGAAGAAGGCGUAAACAGCCCAAGGAGAACCUUUCUCCAUCAGUUGGCAAGGGCUGUAGGAGGUGUAUAAAGACGGAUCAUGCUUGCACGUUGACCGAGGACGAUAAUGGAAGGUUGCGGAAUAGGUUUGAAGAAUAUAAAAGGGGUCACACUGAGGAAUGGGAGGCAUGGAGCAUGAACAGUCGCGCGAGCAAGUUUCCCGUCUGUAAUAGGUGCAGAAGUAUAAGUGAAAGAUGUGAGUUUGAGGAUGUUCCAAGAUGGGACGUUGUGGGUGAAGGAGGAAUGUCAGAUUAUAGGACAAAGACAAAUAGGGCCAAACUGAGUAAUUCAAAGUCAAAUUAG